GCCGCCGUUCGCGGGGGCGCUCCCAUCCCAGGCCGCGACGAGCUGCUGGUGCACGUGGCGAGAUCACUCUUGCACCACGACUUCAGCAACGCGUGCGAGGUGGAGGCGCACGUGGCCGCCCUCCUGUCCGAGGGCGGCGGGGGCGGCAGGGCAGCCGCGGCGCUCCCGGAGCUGAGGCGCUGCUCUGCCUGGCCGGCGGCGGGCAG